GCCCCCGGCCGAGUCCCUGAGUUCGCAGUCGCCCUUCUGCGACGGUAGUGACGCGUAUUGCCGGAGGAUGGCGGACGCUGGCUUGCGCCGCGUGGUUCCCAGCGACUUGUACCCCCUCGUGCUCGGCUUUCUGCGCGAUAACCAACUCUCGGAUGUGGCCAAUAAGUUCGCCAAGGCGACGGGCGCUACGCGACAGGAUGCCAACGCCUCCUCCCUCCUGGACAUCUAUAGCUUCUGGCUCAAUUAGCCCAUUCUACCCCAGCAGGUCCACCAAAGCCCCCAAGCGGAAGUUACAGGCAAAUGGACCGGUGACUAAGAAGGCUAAGAAGAGCAGCUCAUCCAGUGACAGCAGUGAGGACAGCAGUGAGGAGGAAGAAGAGGCGCGAGGACCUCCAGCUAAGAAGUCUGCUCUAUCUGUACCUGCUGAGCGGGCCAGUCCACCUCAGCAUCCUGGAAAGACUGUGGCCAAAACUUCGGAGAGCAGCAGCAGUGAAGAAUCCAGUGAUGAUGAGGAAGAGGACAAAAAGAAAAACAUUGUUCAGCAGAAGGGAGUCAAACUCCAACCCAAGGCAGCUAGAGCUCCUCCUAAGAAGACCAAGAAGUCCGAGUCUGAGUCUGAGUCUGACUCAAGUUCAGAGGAUGAGGCACCAAAGAACCACAAGCCAAAGACAACACCCGUGGCCACAAAAGCUCAGGCGAAAGCUCGGGCCAAACCAGGUACACCAGCUCAAACAUCACCUAAGGUGGCCAAUGGCAAAGCCGCCAGCAGCAGCAGCAGCAGCAGCAGCAGCAGUAGCAGCAGUAGCAGUGAAGAUUCCGAGGAGGAGAUGGCAGCAGCUGUCCCCAAGAAGACUACACCUAAAAAGCAGGCUGUGGCCAAGGCCUCUGUAAAAGCAGCUGUCAUUUCAGCUCAGAAGAGUUCUAGUAGUGAAGAGUCCUCCAGUGAGGAGGAGGGGCGGAAAAAGCCCGUGAAGAAAAAAUCAGGUCCCUACAGUUCUGUGCCCCCACCAAAGAAGCCUCUGGGAGCCCAAUCUUCUAAGAAAGCUGUGGAGAAGAAACAUCCCAAGGAAAGCAGUGAAGACAGCAGCGAUGAGUCUGAUUCCAGCUCUGAGGAAGAGAAGAAACCCCCAGCUAAAGCAGCCAUCUCCAAAGCAGCCGCCAAACCAGUUCCAGCAAAGAAGGCAGAGGAGAGCACUUCAGACAGUUCAGACUCUGACAGCUCCGAGGAUGAAGCUCCAACCAAGCCAGCCAGUAGUGCUAAGAAGUCCUUAAGUCAGCCAGCCACCACUCCUAAGCAAGCUGCAGCCAAGCCUGCAGCCGCCAAUCCCAGGGAGCUUGCAGGCAGUGGACAGAAGCCUCUGAGCAGGAAGGCUGAUAGUAGCUCGAGUGAGGAAGAGAGCAGUUCCAGUGCAGAGGAGGAGACACAGAAGACCACGGCCACCCUGAAGCCUAAGGUGACCGCCAAAGCCACACUGUCUCUGCCUGCCAGACAGGCUGCACAGGGCAGCAGCUCCGACUCCGACAGCUCCAGCAGUGAAGAGGAGGCAGAGAAGAUAUCCAAGUCCCCAGUGAAAAAGAAGCCUGCAAAGGUGGCCGGAGGGGCAGCCUGCUCAAAGGCAGCCUCUACCAAGAAAGCCAAGGCUGAGAGCAGCAGCAGUUCUUCCUCGGAUGAUUCCAGUGAGGAAGAGGAGAGACCCAAGGGCAAGCCCACUCCACGGUCCCAAGCUCCCAAGGCCAAUGGCACCUCAGCACUGACUGCUCAGAAUGGGAAGGCUGGCGGGGACAGCAAGGAGGAGGGAGCGGCAGGGAACAAAAAGGCAGCAGUGGCCUCCACCAAACCAGGUUCUGGAAAGAAGCGGAAGCAGAAUGAGGCAGUCAAAGAGGCAGAGACUCCUCAAAUCAAGAAGAUGAAGCUGCAGACUCCCAACACAUUUCCAAAAAGGAAGAAAGGAGAAAAAAGAGCAUCUUCCCCAUUUCGGAGGGUCAGGGAGGAGGAAAUUGAGGUGGAUUCCCGAGUGGCAGACAACUCCUUCGAUGCCAAGAAAGGUGCAGCCGGAGACUGGGGGGAACGGGCCAAUCAGGUUCUGAAGUUCACCAAAGGCAAGUCCUUCAGGCACGAGAAAACCAAGAAGAAGCGAGGCAGCUACCGAGGAGGCUCCAUUUCUGUCCAGGUCAAUUCCAUCAAGUUUGACAGCGAGUGACAGGGGCGGGCACCCUUGGCAAAACAAGGGCAACGGGUGGCUGCCCCCUGAGUGGACCUGGGCCCUCUGCUCUGGCGGACAGGGUCUUUGCAAGUUGGUCCCAAGACUACAGCAGCGUCAUCUCCGGUCCUUUUCUGUGUCCUAGUUUUGUACAGAUUUGUUUUUUGAAUGUUGAAUAUCAGGGACAAGGUAAGAAGAGUGUUGUUUUUUAAGAAAAUACAUUUUAGUUUCUUUGUUCUGUGGAAGUCCUCAUACUGCGAAAUGUGUAUAUUUUAUAUUAAAAGAUUUUUCAUUGAUUUCUGUUGCGACUUUCAAAGUUGGUUUCCCACAGAUAAACUCUUAGCAAUUGCUCAAGACAAAGCCAAGAACCACAUGUGUGACUUCAUAAUCAGAGCCUCUGCCAGCGAGAAGCCCUGGUGGCCGGCUAGGAAAUGGCUCCUGUGCCUGUGCCUGUGCACAUGUGCUGGCUGCCUUGGUCACACCCACAGGGUCUGCGGCGAAAGCUUCCAGCCAGCAGAGAAGUGACCAACUUUUGGGGAUGAAAUUCACGAUUUUGUUGGAGGCAGAACUGCAGUAUGGUAUGAAUGGGAUGGGUCAGUCUUGUUUUCUGUAAUUUUAUCAUUCUUACAUAUGUUUGCAAUACACUUGGUGUUAAUUUAAAAGCAAUCUUUUGUACUGUUCAAAGGCAUUUUUUGACAGCUUGGCCCUUACAGUCUCGCACUAAGCUGAAGACUGCCUCUUCCCCUGUUUUUACAUCGUUGAGAACAAAAUAGUACUAAUUUUAUGUGAGAAAUACUUUUUACUUGGUAUUUCUGUCUUGGUAACAAUGGAGACCCAGAGUUAAUUCUAUUCCUACGUAGUUGGAAAUCACUAAUCAAGAGGUGGGAGGAAAGAAACUGAUUAAAAGACCUCAGUUCUCACCAAAGUAACUGGUUGCUGGGGUGAAUUCAUAGGUGACCUCUGUCCGUGCUGAUGGAGCUGGAGAGGGAAAGAACUUCCGGCUGGGAGCUGGGCGAGGCCGCACCCUGCCGGGAUUGUUGUUGUUGCUCAGACUGAAUGCCCUGCCGCCCCUCUGUUAUCUUACCACUGAAGCUCCAAAUAACCUGUGAGCAGGGCCGGGGUGUAGAUCAGUGUAGCGUGCUUGCCUAGCAUGCACAGGGCUCUUGCUCAGUCCCCGGCACUGCGCAGAACCCGGAAGCAGUGAGCAGAGACGAUUCCAGGCUGGGCAGGUUCCAGGAGAAGCUGCCGGCCACGCUGUCUGGAGGAUGGGCCGGCCCUGUCCUGGGAGUGUGCCCCAGGGUUCGUGCUAAGGUGGAGGUCUUAAUGUGGCCUCUCUUUGCAAGAAUGUGUUAAAACUUGGUUUUCUGUGUAACUAGGAAGAACAUCCAUUAUUCAUGCUGACAUGGUUAUUUGAGUCUGCAUGGAAAAAGUUCUGUGUUGCUACAGAAUAAUAAACUGUCCGGUCUGUAACCGA